GACCUUUUCCUUUAUAAACCUAAUGUUGGAAAAUAAAAACACUAUUUCCUUUCUUUUCCCUUUCCUCGAUUCUCAAUUCUCUUGUUUUUCCUUACCAAUGAGGCAAUGAGAUUAACUCGGUGACCCUAGCAACUAAAUAACUCGUGAGCAGCAAAGCUAGAGAAGUAGAAAAUGGGUCAAUCUCAAAGUCACACUUCCGCGCCCGCCAUUGAUGAUACCUCAAAGGCCCCACCUUCUUCCAUGGAAUCUCUAAUUGCAGAGGCAGCAGCAAACGGUGAUAGCGAGACUGAGUCUAUUGAUUCAAAAGCUAGAAAGGCGUUGGAAUGCCCAUGUAUAGCUGACUUGCAAAAAGGCCCAUGUGGUAGUCAAUUUUCGGAGGCCUUCCUCUGUUUUCUUAUGAGCACUGCGGAAGAAAAGGGCUCAGAUUGUGUGCAUCCAUUUGUGGCAUUGCAAAGCUGUAUAAAAACCAAUCCAAAUGCAUUUCCAGAGGAUAUUGCGGGAGAUCAUCAAGUGAAGGAGACAGUUGAGUCGUCUUCUAAUUACAGAAUACAUCCACCAAAAUGGUCAUUGGAAUCCCAAAGUCCUCAACCUAGACUGUAGAGCUCAGAGCACAUUAUUCACCCCAAAAUUUGCAAACAGCUGAUAGCUGUCAAACUUGGGUUGUCUAUCACUCUUAUCAAAUUUGCAUGUUUCAAGAGUUAGAAGUAACAAUCAAGAGUUGAUAUAUUUUUGGAAAUUGUGAUAUAUGGUUGAAUGCAUUUACAUUUUGCGUAAUUUGUACCUCCUAGUCAAGCAAAGUUAUACUACUUGGUAACUGCUUUCUCUGUUUGUGAA